GCCUCACAACUUCCGGUGUUUGCCCAAUCAGAGCGCUCCGCGUGACUCAGCGCGUCCAAAGGUUAAAGGUUGUACAAAAUGGCGGCGGGCAGGUUGUGGUGUUGGCAGUAAUCGAAUGGCUCGGUUCCGGCUCGGUUAGCGCGUGUGUGUUAUUAUUUUAUCGGCGACGCGAUGUUUGGGCUCCUGGCGAAUUUAAAAUACAAUUAAAUUGGGAUUUUUGUCCUGUUAGUGUUUAUUAUUAUUAUUUUAAUUCAUAUUUAAUGUAAUUAUGGCGCUGGUGUACGAGUUCGUGUGGCGGGUUCUGCACGUCGUCCUGCAGCUCCAGCGCGCGGCGGUGUCGUGGUUCCAGGCGCGAGCGUGGAAGCGCACCUGGCUUCUGUGGAGACGAGCCGCGGGCGCUGUGCUGCUACCGGCGGCGCUCGGCCUCGCCGCGCAGCGGAGAAUGGGAGCCGGGGCGGGGAGGCGACCUGGCCGCCGGUGUCGGCUGCUGGCGGACGGCAAGGCUCUGGAGAAGCUCCCGCUGCACGUCGGGCUCCUGGUCACGGAGGAGAGCGAGGAGGAGGAGGCGCAGUUCACAGACAUCGCCAAUGUGGUGGUGUGGUGCAUGGCUCUCGGGAUCUCUUAUGUCAGCGUGUACGAUAACCAGGGUGUGUUCAAGAGGAACAACUCCAGGCUGAUGGAGGAGAUCGCCAAGCAGCAGAAGGAGCACCUGGGCUCGGAAAGCUGCAAGUACUCGUCAGAGUUCUUGAAUAAUGGCAUGGAGACACAGGAACAAAUGUCACGGUGCCAUACAGUGGUAAAGGUCUUGUCUCCAGAUGAUGGGAAGCUCAGUAUCGUGCAAGCAGCGCAGCAGUUGUGUAAGGCCGUGGAGCAGAAACAGAGCACAUCCAAAGACAUCAACGUUACUGUGCUGGACUCCUUACUGAGGGGUAACAAGUCAAAGAACAUCCCAGACCCCGAGCUGGUGUUGAAGUUUGGCCCAGUGGAGAGCACGCUCGGCUUCCUGCCCUGGCACAUCAGACUAACAGAGUUCAUCUCUUUGCCCUCCCACAAAGACGUCACCUACGACGACUUCCUCCACACGCUUCAGCGUUACGCGUCCUGCGAGCAGCGCCUGGGGAAGUGAACGGGGUCUUCUGGAGCGGCAAAAAAAAAACCCACCAGACUUAAGGAAUCCACGAGAGAGACAUGUUCAUUCUCUCUCUAUCUCUCUCUCUCGUUCUAUGUUUACAAACCAUGCAGCUGAGCAUCAGCAUCUCGACGCCGCAUCAGCAAAUCUCAAUCACCUCUCGUUCACACAUAGCCCGGUUCUGACCCGGUACAACAAGUCUCUGUGUGAGUGAAUGAGUUGAUGUAUGUGUGUGUGUGUGUGUGUGUGUGUGUGUGUGUGUGUGUGUGUGUGUGUGUGUAAGGGCCUGCCCUGCUGCUGCAUGUACACGGAGCAGGGCUACCCAUCCACCCAUAAACGGCUCCCGAGACGCGGUUAGCAAUACGGUGUAAAUUCCAGCAUCACACUUUGUCCCAUUUUGCCCUCUUGCUGUGUGUGUGUGUGUGUGUGGGAAAACGAUGUAGCGUGGGCUGCUGAGUCAACCAGCACAGUGCACUGACGAACAGGAACAUAACGACAGCAUCUCAGCAGCAUGCGUCACAAGGAACCUCAGAGAUGGUCUACUGCAGAUGGAAUGAAUCAUGAGAACGAGCACAAGAAGUGUUUUUAAAUGUGAACUUGUGCAUGUGUGGUACGUGUGUGGUACGUGUGUGUGUGCACGCGUUCGCUCAGGCCACUGAUUGUACAAAAAACCUUUACUUUGAUUUACAAAAUUGUUUAUGAUCAUAUCCUUUUUUUUUUUUUACACAAAUCAGUAAAAUCUUUACUGAAAUGCUCCGUCCUAUAGGGGUCUUUUUUUUUUUUUUACCCCCUUACAAUUUUUUUGCCCCCAAAAUGAACAUUCCCUCCCCAAUAGGUACUGGUAGGGUGGCAGUGCAAACAUGAUCAAAAUAAUUUUUUUUCAGCUGCAUUAAUAUUUAAAAAAACCCAAACAGUCAGAACAACCUGACAUGCCAAUGUAAGAAACACGAGUUGUUUGAUUGGGACAAAAGCAGUCAUGCUAUCCACAACACUCUGUCUCUCUCUCUCUUUGUGACAUCACCUGCUCCUGAUCUACAGCCUGAGACCUGAGAAAGUAGUCCAUGGAUGUAGAUGUGAACGUGAAGAGACACUGCACGGAGCUUUACACCGUAAUGCCAACCUCGGAGGCUCAGACACCGAGUAUCUUACUGUUUGUUGAAAGUCUUAAAGCGAGCAGUGUAUUUAUUAGUCUGUGGCUCAUUGUAUGAGGAGGUUUGAUGUAAUAGUGUCCAGUGUGAAUGCUUAAUAAAUGUUACUGAAGUCCUGUUCAAACCAA